UUUUAUUAACUCAUAAAAAUGUACAACACUAACAGUAACAGGGCUAAUUUUUCUGACUGCAAUUCAGCGUCUGGUAGUAAUAGAAACCGUUCUAACUCUAUGAAAAAACCUAAACUCUCCAGACAAAAAUAUUCUAGAGUUGAAAAUCGGCCACCUAAUUAUAAUGAACAAAUAUCUGAGUUCUCUACGCUUCAAUGGAAUCAAUCUAACCAGCGUUUGUAUCCUACAAUGUCAGAUUCUGCUAUGUGUGGGUAUCCUGUCCCAGUUAAUAUACCUGUUGAUCCAAGAUUUCAUACUAUGUAUCCAGUAUUUUCACCAUAUAUGUCUGUUGGUAUUGGUAGAGAAUACGUAGAACCAAAUCAAAAUAUAUUAUCUAGAGACCAAUUUACUAGUUUACCUCCUAUUAAUAUCAUAGACAAUGAAUCUGAAAUCAAACGUACCCAUAGUGAUCCAGGUUUAAAUAACCAAGAUGAUAAAUUUGAUUUAAUUAGCAGUGAAUCAGACCGGGAAUCUUAUGAUACAAUUUAUGCUAAUGAAAUAGCAGAUUUAAAAAAAGAUAAUCAGAGACUUUCUAAUGAAUUGGAGUUAGUGAAAUUUGAAUUACGAAAUUUGAAAUUGGAUCUAUCUAGCAGAAAUAAUGAUCGAUGUGCUUGUGCGGAUCCAGGAUCUAUAACAAAUAUUAUUCAAGAAAUAAGAGCAGCACAUAAAUUAAUGGAACAAACAUUAGAGUCAAAGUUAAAUACAUUUAAGGAUAAUAAAAAUGAAAUUAUUAACAACAAAUCACAACUAUCAUCAAUUCACGAACGCCUAGAAAAAUUAGAAAAUGCUAAUACAGCUCAUAAUCCGAAAAUACAAAAAAUAUUGGAUUUGGAUACAAAAGUUAGAAAUAAUUUAAAAAAUAACAUUUCUCCCAAAAAAAGCUCAAAUCAUCAAUGCUCUGUUGUUACUGCCUUUGAGUGAAAAUAAAAGCCAAAAAUCAUACGAUCCAAAAACUUGAGAAUGGAUUAAAACGUUAUGUAUUGUAGAAAAUAUGUAAAUGUAUUUAAUUUUUAUUCUGUUUGCAUAG